AUGGCUGGCCGCAGCACAGGUGCAGCGUGUUCAGCGAUGCAAAGCACAUACAGCCGGGAUAUGCUUGGCAUAUGCGCACACGUAAUCAACAUCCUCGCUCCUGCCGGCAACAACACGCACGGCUCCUGCCCUGGACACAUGGGCAGACGUGGAUUAGCACACAGGAGGGAAAAGUGUGGAACCACCGCUCCCAAAAAUAAGGGCGGUCGGCGGAUUGACACGGCAAGCAUGGAAGCGAGGACUGCUGCAGAUGGCCAAUUUUUGUUUGUCGCAGAGAUGGCUGGUGAGGGAGCGCGCGCUUUGCAAAAAUUGAUGGGAACAGCUGGCUGGCAGGCAAAUCGCGCACACUUCCAUCCAUUUCCCUCCUCUCCACCCGCCCUUGCCGAGGAAAAUGGCCAGGACACGCAGUCACCCCGGGUCCUCAGCGAUUAUCAAGAAUCAGACGGCACGAGUAAUCCCAGAGAGGCGCAACGGGUUCCAAAAGGCAAAAAGGCGAAAAGAGGCAAUAAGGCUGCAGCUCGCUUUUUGGGCAUCCCGCCAAAGAGCGAAACAAAUGCGAAAUUGACGAGAAAAUAA